AUGAAAACCCCUGUGGCAGUGAAUCCGUCGAAUCGCUUUCGCGAACUCACAAAGGACAUUAACAGUUUGACCAGUUUUUUAGGCGUAGACGUUAUGGCGCCCAUUUUGCAGUUUAAUUAUCGCACCUGGACCACAACCUUUGCGAUUGUCAGCUAUACGGCCUUUGCCGUAUUUUCCAUAGUCAAUAACGGCGGCGGUUUGGUGGAGAGCCUUAAGGCCAGCUCUAUGAUAGGUGGCCUGUUUCAUGGGCUCGGCAAGUUCCUGACAUGUCUGUUGAAGCAGCAGGACAUGAGGAACCUUACUCUAUUUACAAGGAGCAUCUACGAGGCGUAUGAGAAACGUGGGACAUUGUACCGCUCAGCCCUGAACUCAAACAUAGAUAAGCUACUCGGCUUCAUCCGAGUCAUUCGCAAUGGAUAUUUCAUUACCUUUUCCAUAAUAAUCUUUUUGCCACUGGCUAGGCUUAUGUAUGACGGAACCAGGGUCACGGCCACGCAGACCGUGAUCCCCGGUUUUCCGCUGGAAAGUAAUUUUGGCUACACAGUGACCUUCUUGGUUAAUUUGAUCUCAUUGGUCGUUACUGUCGUUGGAUUCUAUGCUGGGGACUUGUUUGUCUUUCUCGGAUUGACUCAGAUUCUGACAUUCGCCGACUUGCUGCAGCUUAAGGUAGAUGAGCUUAACGAGUCCCUGGAAGAAAAAGCCAAAUUAAGAGAAAUGUUACCAGUGGGUUUCCAGAUUAGAGGGGAGGAAGAGCGUCAUCAUUUGCUAUUAGAAGUCAUAAAAUGGCAUCAACUUUUUACCGACUACUGCCGCACGGUGAACGCGAUAUACUAUGAACUGAUUGCCACUCAGGUCUUAACCAUGGCUAUAUCAGUGAUGAUCGGUUUCAGCAUUAAUUUAUCUGGCUUUAACCUGUCUGUGGCCAUAUUCUGCGUAAUAUCAGCCUACAGCAUGUCCAUUUAUUGCAUUUUGGGUACUAAACUAGAAUUUGGAUAUGACCAAGUCUACGAGACCAUUUGCAAUGUGAACUGGUACGAGUUGAGUGCCGGCCAGCGGAAGCUCUUUGGUCUUACGCUGCGGGAGUCUCAGCAUCCACCGACAAUUGUGAUACUCGGUGUUAUGUCUCUGUCUGUUAAGACAGCUUUGCAGAUAGUCAAACUCAUUUAUAGCGCGUCCAUGAUGAUGAUGAAUCGUUCUUAGAAAGUCACUCUUAAAUACCGUCACUGCACCUUCGAUUAAAAUAUGAAAAACUCAAAACUUAACAUUUCUAAAUAUUCGUGAAAUAAAUAAACUUCGUUAUCUGUAGACCAAA